ACUCAGACAGGUCGGACAACGGGCACAGCGAGUGGACGCCGCUGCCACACCACACCACGCCACCCGGCCCCAGCCGGGAAUGGAGGCCUGCUGCGCGAUCACUGCUGCCGAGGACCUUGUGGGCGACCAGAUUGUCCCGGGCGGCGGUCACUGGGGCGCUCCACAGGCCGCCGGCCUUCUUGACUCGUGGUUUCAGAUGCAGACAUCUGAGCUAGAGUCGCUGCUGUGCAAGCAGGAGGGCGCCUCGCUAGCGCCCGCCCACAUGGACCUGUUCGACGGCGGCACCACGUCCCGCGAGGAUGCGUUCCUCCGUCCUGCGCCUGCCCUCUGGGAGGAUAUCGCUUCAUCAAUUAGGAAUAUCGAUCCUGAAAAUGCAAACAUGCUGGCUUCCCUCGGGACCACUCACGUUAAACUCGAAGCAGAUGAUCCACUGCUCGAAGAAUGCGCUACACCGCUACUUAGUCCUUUGGAGAUCAAGACGGAAAGACUGUGCGCACCGCCAACGUAUGCGCAUCCUCAACCCCCCCUGCAUCAACCGCCACAGCAACCGGCGCCGCCGUUCGCCAAAUAUGGACCCAAUAGACUUGUCUAUAUGUCUCCUUUGACACCACCCGGCUCGGACCAAGGCAGUCCAGGAAAUUCCAUGCAGGGUGGCCCGCGUCGAACCCCGCCGCCGCCGUACCACCCGCCACCGUUGCUCAGACCUCCCCAUGUAUCACAUCCUGGGCCACAUCCUCACCAUCAUACACAGCCAAUGGCGCAAUCGAUGCAAAUGCACCAGCCGGCACCCGCGCCGCCACCGCCGCAUCCGCUGUCGCACGCGCGACUUGGCUCGCCGCCUCAAGUCAAGUACAACCGGAGGAACAACCCAGAGCUGGAGAAACGAAGAGUUCACCACUGCGAUUUUAUCGGUUGCACAAAGGUGUACACGAAAAGUUCGCAUCUAAAGGCGCAUCAGAGAAUACACACAGGAGAGAAACCAUAUACUUGCCAAUGGCCGGAAUGUGAAUGGAGAUUCGCGCGCUCUGACGAGUUGACUCGCCACUACCGCAAGCAUACGGGUGCUAAGCCAUUCAAGUGUGCUGUAUGCGAGCGAUCGUUCGCGAGGUCCGACCACCUCGCGCUGCACAUGAAGCGGCACCUGCCGAAGACGACCAAAUGACACGCGAGGAGGGGCGGUGACCAGCCGCCCGCCUCGCACACCACUCAGGAAGAAUGCAGUGAGAGCAUGUUCUUGGAGUGCGAGCUGGACUCAAAUCUGAUGGACACGUUGUACAGCGUGCUGUGACCGGCACGACCACGUGACGGACUACGGAACACAAGACGCGCCGAGGGGCGCGCUUGCGCACCCACAAACCUAUUUAUUAUACUUACAUUUGUAAAGGUUGCUUCCCUUCACAACAAAUCUCUUAUUAUAAUUACACAGAUUUUAUUUAAAUAUAUUAAAGUGACAUGAUUACUAGCUAAGUGUGUGUACGAUAUAAAG